UCCUCCCUCUCUGCUUCCUUGGUGCCGUGUUGUGGGUGCGGACAUCGUCGUAACUCCUCACAACAGUGUUUUAGUCCCACAGCUUCUCACGCUCACUCGUCUGGAGCUGCUUCCUACUCACGUGCAGCACUUUUGCUAAUAUCUUCUGUUCCCAGCAAGCUCUAGGUCACUUGGCUCAUCCAUCAUGUUUGCGGCCAACAAAAUUCUUCAAGGGGUGUUGAAUGUUGUGAGUGGUGUUGAUAUCAAUCAGUUCCUGCCUUCAGAUCCUCACCCACCCCGCAUGCCACAUGUGUUUGCCGAGCACAACGAGAGCCCGGAAGAGAAGCAGUUCCGUAAGGUCUUCCAGCAGCUGGCUGGAGAUGAUAUGGAAGUCAGCCCUACCGAACUGAAGGACAUCCUCAAUAAAAUUGUCGCAAAACAUUGUGACCUGAAGACUGAUGGUUUUAGCAUUGAAUCCUGCAGAAGCAUGGUGGCAGUCAUGGACGGUGAUAGCUCUGGCAAGCUGGGCUUCCACGAGUUCAAAAUUUUGUGGAACAACAUCAAAAAAUGGCAGGGUAUUUACAAGAAAUAUGAUGCAGACCGUUCUGGAACCAUUAGUGUUUAUGAGUUAUCCGGUGCUUUGAAAGCUGCAGGCUUCCAGUUUGAUGACAACCUGUACCAGCUAAUUGUUCGUCGAUAUUCCGAUGAGAGUGGUAACAUGGACUUUGACAACUACAUUGCCUUUAUGGUGAGGCUGGAUGCCAUGUGUCGUGCAUUCCAGACCCUUGACAAGGAUAGAGAUGGAACUAUCCAGAUAAACAUUCAGGAGUGGCUGCAGUUGACAAUGUACUCAUGAACACUUGAGCUAUGGGACUGCAUCUAUCUGCAUUCUCUACUUUUACUUGCACAGUUUGAUGACAUUCCCCCAAGCCUUACGUAAACACGAUUCUCAAAUGCUGUUGAUGCGUGCCACACUUCUGCCGAAGUGUGCAGCUGUAUUUGGUAUGCAGUUGGAGAAGGUAUUUGGAUAGGUAUCCAAUAACUUCUGUGUACAACAGUUUAUAAAUGCUGCGGGUAUUUACUCUCUUUAUUCCAAAAACGUUGUAAAUGUUUAGAUACAGAUUUCCACUGGCAGUUUUUAUUUCUACAUUUGCCGAAAUGUGUAUACAGUCAUGAGUGUCUCAAGAGGUCAGCUGGUUAGUUUGCGAUUCUGUCACUAGGUGUCGCUGCAACGGCAACACAAGAGUCAUUUACUUAGAGGGAGAAAAGGAUGAUAUAACAGAUCUUUUAACAGCCUGUGAACCUGUUACAAAUACUAUUCUGUUUAGUGGAUGUGUUACACUAGAAAGUCCAUUUUAAUUAAAGCAUUUUUUUGUGAUUCACUCA